AGCGGAGAAGCCGACACUUCGGCUGGCGCGUGGAGUUGAAUAUGACUCGUUUUUCUGAGAUAUCUCGACGUUUUUAUCUCAAAAACUCAGUUACUCCAUUUGAAGAAGACUCCACUCAUGAGUUUAAGGGUCACAGAAACAUAAGUGCAGAGGAGGUUCCACCAUGGUGUUAUAUUCCAGGAACAGACAGGCGAUCACGAAAGGCGGUAUCAAGGUAGUUAUACAUUCAAGUUUAUCCUCAGAAAUAUCUCCAUAGAUGUCACAACAGUACACUUAUUUCAAUAUUUUGAUUUUAUACUUAACGGAAUAAAAAGGUUGAUAAUGUGUCAUGAACCGUGGUAUGGUGGGGUCAGCAAAUUAUUGUUAUAUGACAUGUAAACUUAUAUUUACAUAGGCUGUAAAAACCGGUAAAACUGGUCGUGACAGGAACUCUUGCGCGACUGUCACAUGAUCGUCCACUUUUUUUUAAAGCUUAAAAUAGAUUUGCAUGUGUUAAGUAUCCAUUCAGGCAGCUGGUAUGUCGGCUGAUAAUGUUUGUGGCCGAGAAAUUGUCUGAAAAUUGAACAUUUUGGCUGUUAAUUUUCGCAUGUGAACAGUAAAUUUUGUUUACUUUUUUGCACUUUCCUGAAAGCCGCAAUUGAGAUCAGCAUUUAAAUGUCACUAUCACUCAUUAUCUUUUUCCAUGAAAGUGAUAAAUGUGAAAAAGUGAAGCUCAUUUGCUGAUUUUUUCCCACUGGCAAAAGUAUGGGUGAUAAUAGUUGUUAUUAUGUAGCUGGCAGCGCCUGUGGGCAAUAUAAAGCGAAUCCUGUGUUCUGAUAUCGGUUGGCUACCUGAGCAGACUAGAUUGGCCCGCCUUGCCCACUCAGGUUUUCUUGCUGAGAUCCUACACAAAAAAAACAAUGGGUUGAACAGACUUACAAAGUUCAUAAUUUUUGGACAACAUUGGCGAUGGAGUUGCAGAUUCAAAAGGACAGAAGACAGUCAAAACAAAAAAAUUAAGGAUCCCAGUGGGUUUACUGUGCUGACAAUUACAUAUGUAAAUUUUCAAAAGACAAGAUAGUCUACAGUAUUUUAGAUAUUUGUGUAAGUAUACUAAACCGGAAGCUCAUCUUUUUUCAUACCAGUUUUAGUUAAUUAGGUAGGGUCAGCGGUCAGUGGUCAGCAAGAAAGAUGGCAGUAAAUUUUGAGCUUCAUUAAAUUUACAGCGAAUUUAGCUUAUCAAAGCUGCAUUUUCCUCUUUUUUCUUCUUUUUUAUACAUACCAUUACGGUUGGUCUAACAACAGAAGAAUGCAAGAAUUUGUUGGAGAAGGCUCUAGAGCCUCUAUGCAAAUCAAUUGAUGAAGUGAAGAUGUCUACCACCACUGCAAACUCUAAUUAUAACCUUGACUACUAUAAAAAAUGUCAACGUGGCUCCGCUAGCCCCCAUGGUUAUUCCAGGCAGCCAGCACUCUAACUUUUACUUUUAAUAUUUUCAUUGUUGUAAUUCAUUUUUGAGCAAGAGUGAGUACAAUAAAGAGUGAUCGAUUGAUUGAUUGAAAAAAAAUUUGUGAAAUACUGCAUAACAAACUGAACCACUGACCUUUCUCAGUUUUUUUUUUAUUUUGGAUAAUGCAUUAUUGCUUGUAUUUGUUUUUGGGGAUCCAUGUGACAUCUCCUAGCUGAAUUUUUUUAACAGCUAAGGAGAGAGAGCUGGGAGGUGGAGAAUUUGAACCUUGCCAGGGUGGGGUGUGGAAUUUGACCCAGAACUGUCUAGCCUUUCCAACAGAAUAAACAUGUUUUAUCUUUUAAUAUUAUGGUGUUCACUUUCUCAAGCAGAUGGCUUGAGGAGAAGGAAGAAAGUCACAAAACAAGAAAAGUAGUGGUGGAUAAUCUUGCCUUUUACAAAAGAAAUAAUGAUCAAAUCUGGCACUUGGGUGGGGCAUUUGAACACAAUUUUGGCCAGAGAGGAGGAGGAGAAUUUGAAAAAAAAUCAGUCUUGAUCAAGGCAUUAUUUCAUGAACAUAAUUACCCAAUGUUCCUUCUUUUCAGGAAUAUCAAUGGGUUUUUAAAUACUGGUAAAGGUGGUACCAUUUAUCUUGGGAUUGUGGAUGAAGGCAAGGUGAAAGGCUUACUGCUCACACAAUAUCAGGUGAGAAAAAUUGAAUUUGAAUUUGCAAUGUCAGUAAUGAUUAAUGUUGAGCAAGGACUCUGUAAUUGACCUCUGACUUUUGAUAAUAUUAAUUGUUUUGUCUUUAGAGAGAUCAUGUCAGAAUUGCAGUAAAGGAUGCCUUGAGUAGAUACACUCCUCCUGUUCCUGAAGAAUGCUAUAAAGUAAGCUGUUGGCAGGAUCGAUCUUGUGAUCAUUAAUUCUUGAAGCUCUGCUUUGAUUUUCUCUAGGUGAUAAGGAUUAGCUAUCAGAGUUAAACAGAAAUGAAACAUGUUGCAACUGUAGACAACAAUUCUUUAUUUAUUUUAUGAUAUCAAGGUUGAGAUUAUACCAGUCAUUGAUUCUGAAGAAAAAGUAGAUGAGUCAACGGCGUUCCUUGAUCUUCAAGAUGAUAGGUCAGUUUGUAUGAGAUUUCUGCACAAAAUGUUCAAUGUGGGGAAUUAUUUAAAAAUAGAGAUUAGAGGUGUGAUUUUCUUUUGUAACUUAACAAUAUGUUUACAUGUACCCAUAAACUGACAACCCUAUUGAGAAGUCCUGUGCUUACACAAAUUGAAAUGUUAAUUUUCAGUAUUCUAGCUUGUUUUGAGUAUUAGUGGCCAAUUCAUUUUACAUCUCCAGUGCCAGGGAUUUGACUAUCACUCUCCAAUUUUAAGAAACUGAGUACAUCAAACUGCAAACUGUGUUACAUGCUGUGUAAGUCAUGCAGGUAGUGAAGGGGUUAAACUAUUCCACCAAUGGGGUAACAAAGAUGUUUUUUGAUAGAAAAUGUCUAGAAAAGUGCCAAAAUUUAAUAUUGCUGGGUGAAGAUCACAAUUAUGUGCAAAAUACCACAUAUAAAAACAAAGUUUACCUAAUUUUUGAAUAUAAUUAAAUCAUAUAAAUCAAGCAAGACUGCAGCAUCCUAGCCAUAAUGCAUUUACAUGUAUGUGUAAGUUCUAUGGUGUUGACAAACAUUGAACUGUCAACAACAGUAACAUCAGAUCAUGUACUCCCUGUUCACCGUAGUUGCAAUGAAGUGGACAGUAACCGCUUGAGGCCACACAUCCUCAGGACAUCUGAUUUCUGCUGGUGUGAUAGCCAUGCAAAGGAACAAUUUUCUGAGGUAAUUGAGUAUAUUUAGGAGACACUGUACACUUACAAGAUAUUUUUUACUUUCAUGAGUUAAUUUUUUCCUGGUUAUUUUCAUUCAUUUUCAGUUUUUGAUAUUUCGUUUCAAUUAAAAAAAAAAAAACUUUUUUGCAAGUAAACUUUUAUUGCUUGAGAGGGGAGUUUUAAUCUUUAAAAAGGAAUUCCCUUCAAAGACAAUUGCAGUUUUAACAUAAAAUGCCAACAAAAUUACUAUUAUAUAAUAUUUAGUAAAAUGUCACUAAGCCAAAGUCACUUACAUGUACCAAGUGUGUUUACUGUUAAGAUUACUUACAAAAUUAAAGCAUAGACAAGAAAUUGUUUUUCUAUUGCUGCCCUUUCCAUUUCAAUGGGAAGAAAUAAAUAAAUGGGAAUUAAACAAUGGACAUUCCACUCCUGGCUCCUCUUGUCCAUUGUCUCCAGAUCAAAAUUAAUUGGAAUUUGUGGUGUUGGUUUUUGUGAGGGAAAGAAAACUCAACCCACAUGUGAUGCCAAGUCUGUGAAUUGAAGCUGAACCACAGUAGCAGAAGGUAAGCGCUGUCACCACUGUGCCACCCUUGCUCCCCCCCUCUCUUUAUAUGGUUGAGAUUACUGUGUUUCCUUUCAAAAAUAAAAUAUAGACAAGGAAUUUCUUUUUCUCUUGUUUCUCUUUCCAGUUAAAUUAAAUCUUGAAAUUUUUAAAAUUUUGUUUGUUUGUUUGUUUUUUUCAGGGAUUCCCUCCCUCUCUCUAUGUGGUUGAGAUUACUGUGUUUCCUUGGAAAAAACAGCAGCUUAAGAUAGAGAGAGGCCGUAUUCAAUUUGACCUCCAUCCUGUGUAUGAAGACGAGGAGGGCAAAUGUCACUUUAGAAGACAAGCAAGCUUAGUUCAGGUAAGUUGAAGUGUGUACUACAUUUAAUCAUGUAAUCUUCAAAAUUAAUAAGAUAUCUAAAGUUUCCUUCCUGAUCUGUCUUGUUGAAUUUUUACCCCUUUUCUUCAUUUUGCUUGGGUGUUAUAUGUACUUGGAAGUUACUAUUUUGGUGGUGAGAAAGACACUCUUAUCUGAAUUUUUCCCUUGCAGUAUUCAGUUCAAGAAGUGGUGGAACUUACAAAAGCAGAAAUAAAAAAUCACUUUAUGCCUUUGCUGUUAAGGUAUUUAUGUGACUGAAGUUGAAAUGAUUUCAGAAAAUUUACAUUAAUUUUCUCACUAAUUUUUCUUAAAUGUUUUGUAGAUUACCAGAUAAUAACUUUUCAGAUCAUUUUUCAAUAAUAACUACAAAUCUGAUAUGAAGUAAAAAGCAACUUACUUGAUAUAUUCUUUCAAAAUUGAACAUGUAAUUGACAUCUAUGUGCAUCUUGGAGAGGUAACUUAGAUUUUAGAGUUACUGUUUGUUAUUUGAGUUCUACAUUGCACAGAAUGUAAUCUAAUGUCCAGAUUGCAUGGCUCAAUAUUUAUGUUAGAUAAUACAUGUAGAUACAUUUUUACUUUGACAAAAAAAUUAUAGAUCGAGUGUAUUCUGCUGCCUUUUGCAACCCCAGGCUCACAUUGUCCAAAAAUUAAGGAAUUUUUUCUUUCUUGCACGGGAUCAAAUUGGGCAAUCCUUAGCAGCCAAGAUGGACCCAUCUAGCCUGCUGUGGUAGGUAGGAUUCACUUCAGCUUGCCAACAGGCACUGCCAGCGAUAUAGUAAGAUGACAAUAUUAAAUCAUUAGCCUGUAAGUGUCGGGUGACUUAUCUUUUUCUUCAUCUUUCUCUUUAGUCUCAGAGAUGAGAUGAAAACCAUCCGAGAUAGGCACAAAUUACACAGCUGACAAUUGCCAGGAGCUCAAGUUCAAGAAAGAAUGUUGCAGCCAGGAUGCUUCUCAAUACUUCAUUUUGCAGUUUCCUUGGAGGUUCACUUAAGACAGCCAUCAACAAAAGUGGAAUUGUUUAGGCACAGUUACAAUGGCUUACAAAUCUACAUGUACCUUUCUUAGUAGAGAUGAAACAGUUUAUGUGGAGAAUAGGUCACAUGUUACUAGUGGGCAAAGUUGUGAACAGUGUAUCAACUGAAAUCCCCUCAUCAAGAGGGUUUAGUUCUGAAUGAUUUAAAGCAUUUGGAAAUACAAUUUACAGCAUAGUAAUUUUGACAUGAAUGACCUUCAAAUCUUUAUGGAUGUACUUCUUUUCAAGCUCCUUGAUGCUUUGAUCAUGGCUCUAAGUUGUAAUGGAAGCUCUUGGAGAUUUUGGUCAAACUUUGUUUUUUGGUUGUUUGUUUUGUUUUACUCAAGAAUCUUCACACAGCCCAAAUUAGUAAAUCUGGCUAUCAUACAAGAGAUUUGCAGUAGUAUUUUUACCAAAAAGCUUUGUUUAAAUUUUAUUACUUUUUUUGAAAUGUAAAUAGAGAGAUGUACCAUUAAAUGUAUAAACUGCAUGUAAAAAAAAUUGGUCUGACUCAUAAAUUUUGAAUCCUCAGUACACGUAGGGCAAAUUGACCAUGUGCUUAUCAUCAAAAAUUUUCUGUACUUACUGAAACUGCACUGCGCAAAAUUCAUGGCAAUGGAAUGAACAACUCCACAUCAUGUUGAAAUAGGUACAAUUCACUUUCAUUCCUCAAUGGCAUAGGUGACACAAGUUGAAACUUAAAUAACAUAUGAUUACAAAAGUUACACAAUAUAUGAUAUAGAGAAAUAACAAACAUUAGAGAAAGAGGAC